GCUAGUUAACGUAGCACACGCGAAGGGAACAGCUUCCGAGUGAAAGGUCAUUCAGUCAAAGUAAGAUGGCUGCCCCCUUGGAGUUGUACUGUUGGAAAGGCGAUUGGGGUUUACCCUCUGUAGAUACAGACUGUUUAACCGUCUUGGCAUAUGCUAAAUUUGCUGGUGCUCCACUCAGAGUCCACAAGAUCACCAACCCCUGGAGAAGCCCAACAGGUAUUUUACCGGCACUGAAGGCCAAAGAAGAAGGCAGUAUCUCCAAGCCAAGCAGUAUUAUCAUUCACCUCAGAAAACAGAAAUACAACGCUGACUAUGACCUCUCAGCCAAGGAGGGAGCAGACACACUGGCGUUUGUGUCUCUACUGGAGGAGAAGCUGCUGCCUGCUCUGAUCUACACACAGUGGUUGGACUCCAAAAACUACGUUGAUGUCACGCGACGCUGGUAUGCUGAGCACAUCCCGUUCCCACUCAACUUCCUGCUGCCCAGCCGCAUGCACAGCCAGCAGCUUGAGAAGCUGAGGCUGGUGAGGGGAGACUCCCUCCUGGAGCCUGGGGAGCAGCUGGAGAAGGAGCUCUACCACGACGCCCUGGAGUGCAUGACCCUGCUCUCCCAGCGCCUCGGCUCACACAAGUUCUUCUUCGGCGAUUCCCCAUCCUCAUUAGAUGCCUAUGUGUUUGGUCACCUCGCUCCAUUGCUGAAGAUCAAACUGCCCAACGCGAAGCUCCAGCAGCAUCUGAACUCUCUGGACAACCUGCGGCUCUACUGCUCCAAUAUCCUGCUUCUCUACUUCCCCUCCGAUGGGCGAGACACCCCCAAUCGUAAGGUGUCUGUCCAUUCAGACAGUAGUGACUUUGACAGUGAGCCACAUAAAAGACGCAACCAGAUCCUGUCAGUCCUGUUUGCUUUCGGUGCAAUGCUGGGCUAUGCCAUCUUGACGGGUAUUGUCAGCAUUGAGCAUGUACGACAACAGGGGGCGCUAGAAGGGCCCAGCCAUGGAGACGAAGAGGAGGAAGAGGAGGAGGAUUGAGUUGCCUACACUUCAUGUUACUUGGAUAAAUUAACACACACACUGAUUCCGUAUAUUGAAUAUUUAUGGACAACAAGGGAACUGGUUUUUGUUCAUCGCUGUGGAAGCUUCUACAAUGCAAGAUAAUACUUUGUUCUCUGUACAGUCUUACCAUUCAAAACCAUGAUCAUUUGGGUAGUCUUUAAAUUGUUUAUUUUUAUUUUUUUACUUGCAUCCCAGAAAGGCAUACUGUUUCUUGUUUUAUAAUCUUCCGGACGCUUGAAUAUAAUCCAAGAAUGGUAUUCCUUUUCCUGCUCAGUUUUAUUACAUUUUUGGGAGCAAUGUGGUGAGAUGAAGGUUCUUGAGCCACAUUCUGUAAUGUUUUGUCAGGUUUUACUUAGGCAAACUGAAUUUUGACUUGAUUUCAGGUCAUUAAAGAAAAAAUGCUGAAACAUC